UUGAAUUCGAUCCUAUAGGUCUGAAAGAUGUACGCGUCGUUUUGGCCUUAGUCAAAGGAGAAAGAGACGAAGAAAUAAUCACGUAUCAAAAGAUUCCUACAUCAUUACAAAAUGAUGGUAGUGAUAAAGAUGUGGAUGAAGUUAAUUCUAUUUUGGUUGAAAUGUCAGGCAAACGGAUGGAUUUUGAUACGAUGUCAGUUCCUAUUGAACCACCGUUUAAACUUGAUUUUAUGAAUGGCGAUCUUCCAACCAAUCAAAAAAUAACAGAAUAUCUUCGUUACUUGA